ACAAUAGCGCGCUGAUUUACCUCCACGCGCACAGAUUCGCCGAGUCGCUCAGGACUCCGCUCUAGUUUCGGUAAACUCCGCACAUUCGCGACACUUUUUUAGCGACAGACACUGCGAGUUUUCUGCUUUCACGCGGCGGACGUUAAACCCGUGUCUGGUUCUUCAAAUGGGAAUUACGCGCGCGGGUCCAACUUUGACUCACUUUGCUGCUCAGUGACUUUCCCUCGGACUCCUUUUCUUCGCCGGGAAACAUGCCGGAGCGAAUCAGUAUUUCCGACUUUGUGGUCCUGACAAACGAGGACUUGUCUUCGCCGGGGACGUCGAGUUUUCAGUCGAAAAUGAGCGACUGUCGGAACACGGUGUCAACCGUGGAGGAGUCUCUGGAGCUGGACCAUACGACUCUGCAGAAGAUGAAGAAGAUGAUCAAAGCGAUACACACAUCUGGACUUUCCCACGUGGAGAGCAAGGAGCAAUACAUCGAGGUGCUGGAGAACCUGGGGAACAGCCACCUGACCCAGGACAACAAUGAAGUCUCCACAGGCUUCCUGAACCUGGCUGUGUUCACCAGAGAGGUCACUGCCCUCUUCAAAAACCUGGUACAAAACCUCAAUAACAUCAUGGCUUUUCCUCUGGAAAACGUUCUGAAGUCGGAGCUUCGCGACAGCAGACUUGAACUCAAGAAACAGAUGGAGAAGAGCUGGAAGGAGUACGACAUAAAACUAGGGAAGUUGGAGAAGGAAAGGAAGGAGAAGAACAGGCAGCUGGGCCUGAUCAGGACGGAGGGAUCAGACGGCGGGGAAGACAUGGAGAGAGAGAGGAGGUCUUUUCAGCUGCAAAUGUGUGAGUAUCUCUUGAAGAUCCAGGAGCUGAAGGUUCGUCAAGGCCCUGAUCUUCUCCAGAGUCUCAUCAAAUAUUUCCAGGCCCAGCUCAGUUUCUUUCAGGAUGGACUGAAAGCCGCCGAGAAUCUCACUCCCUUUAUUGAGAAGCUUGCAGCCUCGGUGCACACGGUGCGUCUGGACCAGGAUGAGGAAGUGAAAAAACUCACUCAGUUGAGGGAUUCUCUCAGAUUACUUCUCCAAGUAGAGGGAAAAGAAGAAUACCUGAACAGGAAGAACUCAGGCAAUGGAUACAGCAUCCACCAACCACAGGGCAACAAAAAGUAUGGCACAGAGAAAUCUGGCUUUCUGCUCAAGAAGAGUGAUGGGAUCAGGAAGGUGUGGCAGAAGAGAAAGUGUGGAGUCAAAUUUGGCUGCCUCACGAUUUCCCACAGCACGAUCAAUCGACCUCCUGCAAAGUUGAACUUGCUGACGUGUCAGGUGCGGCCAGACCCCGAGGACAGGAGGACCUUUGACCUGGUCACUCAUAAUCGCACAUACCAUUUCCAGGCAGAAGACGAGCAGGAAUGUAUAAUUUGGGUGUCGGUGCUGCAGAACAGUAAGGAGGAGGCUCUCAACACGGCACUCGGAGGAGAUCAGCUCCAUCUCCAGGACAGUGGGCUCCAGGAACUUUCCCGAUCCAUCAUUGCCGAGCUUCGACACAUGCCUGGCAACGAGGCCUGUGCUGACUGCGGCGCUCCAGACCCGACAUGGCUGUCGACAAACCUCGGCAUCCUCACCUGUAUCGAGUGCUCUGGAAUCCACCGAGAGCUUGGUGUCCACUACUCCAGGAUCCAGUCUCUCACUCUGGACCUGCUGAGCACAUCUGAGCUCUUGCUGGCCGUCAGUAUUGGCAACACCAGAUUCAAUGAUAUCAUGGAGGCGGGCCUUCCAAAUGACUCUGUCAAACCGCUGCCGCAGAGUGACAUGAAUGCCAGAAAGGAGUACAUCGUGUCAAAAUACGCCGAGCGUCGGUAUGUCCUGCGCCGAGAGGAGGCGGAUCCGAGCCGGCUGUACGACGCCGCGAGGAGCCGGGACCUCACUUUUCUUCUCCAGCUCUAUGCUGAGGGAGAGGACCUGGCCAAACCGCUCACACUACCUGACGGACAGGGGAUCAAAGAGACAGCGCUUCAUCUCGCUGUGCGUAUGGAGGAUCGAAGCUCUCUUGCGAUGGUGGAUUUCCUUUGCCAGAACAGCAACUGUCUGGAGAAGAGGACAGCAGAAGGAAACACUGCUCUACAUUACAGCGUCCUGUAUCACAAGCCCGAGUCUCUCAAGUUACUGCUGAAAGCAAAGGCGGCUCUACACACGGUGAAUUCAUCAGGAGAGACGGCCCUUGAUGUUGCGAGGAGGCUGCAGCUCACACAAUGCAUUGACCUGUUGGAGCUGGCCCAGAGUGGGAAGUUUAACUCGCAGAUCCAUGUGGAGUUCAUAUGGGAGACUCAGUCUCAGGAGCUGUAUGACAGUGAGGAUGACCUCGAUGAGAGGGUGAGCCCGUUACCCAAGAACCGCUCCCCGUUGACUCCCAAUGGUGGCAGCUCCUCCUUUGCCCGCUGGAGUGUGGCUAACACGAGUUCGGGGAGCAGGCCCUGUCAGACCUAUGAGAAUCUCGACUUCCUGUACAGAAAUCCACCUGCCAACAGCGCCCCCUCUGGAGCGUCAGGGCCACCACCACUGCCAGCUAAAUCCAUCCAGAGAGGUCGCUCAGACCCCCAGAUUUCGGUCACGGCACAGGAAGGAAACGCCAUAACAAGACGCUGCUCUAACUCGCCCUCCCACUUCCCGAGUCCCCAGAUGCAGGUGAAACACAGCCCCCCUUCGUCAAAUGCGGAGAGUCAAGGUCAGAGUGGCAGAUCUGCAAAGUCCAUCCAUGGACAUGGAGGUCUGCUGAGGGGACAGAGGCAGACAGGGGACGGCCAACCUGGUGCAAGCUUUGGCUCUCAGAGUUGUGUUGCGUCGCCGCCCUCUCAGAACCACAUAGGGCCUGUCAGCUCAGAGAAGACCACGUCGUAUCGACGGACCAGCAGCGGAGGAGGCAACCAGGGGAAAUGUGGCGUCUUGUCUCCGAGCUGUGUGGGCAGCCAGGAGGAGCUGUACUGCAGUUUGCUGGGGAAUAGUUCGGGCCUGGUCCCGGCUCCUGCUCCAGCCCCUUCGUCACCUGCCGUGACCUGUGCCCUACGACCUCGCAGGAAUGCUAUGGUUUCUGGCAGCAGGCCACAUCAGAAGCGCGUCAAGGCUUUAGCGGACAGCGGGACAGUCAGUUCUGAGCAGCUCGCCUUUCUCAAAGAUGAAAUCAUUGUUGUUACGGCAAAUAAUGACCCCCACUGGUGGGUUGGUCACAUAGAGGGGGAACCGUCCAGGUCUGGGAACUUUCUUGUCAAUUAUGUGCACAAACUGACAGACUGAAGGACAUGGACAUGGGAAAGUAUUGUUUAGUGACCAACUAUACUGAACUCAAACGGAGAGCGAUGAUUACCUAUCGGGACCCUAUCAUCACACGGUGGAUUUUAUUAUCUACGAGAGAGGACAUCGUCCUUCUCCUGGGAUGCCACUCCCAACUAAGGCACACUUGAGGAUAUAAGUGACACUGAUUAAGGGAUUAUACCUUUUUAACAUUUACUCAAACUGGAAACUAACAAUGGAACAUAAGGGAUUUGCAGCCACAAAAAGCCUUUUAGUAUUCCCCUCUGUUGGUUUGUCCUUGGUUUUCUAAGUACUACAUGUUUUUAUACCCAUGGACCGUUAAUAUUAGGUACAGAAUCAUUUGUGGUUGAGGAGACUGCUCUAAUGGCCAUUAGCUAUACCAUUAUAUAACACAAUGUUAAACUAUGAUCAGUAACUAGAGGCAAAUCUUACCUGCAGGGCAAAAUCCCCUUAAGGCACUUUAAAAUAUUUGAGAAGAAGUCUUCGGAGGAGUUGGAGCAGAGCUUGUGUAUAUAAACAUGUGUCGGAUGGAGGAAAACUGGAUCGCAGCAUACAGAGAGACCGGAGUAAGGUUCAAACCUGCCUCAGGUCUGUUGCAGCCUGCCCCGGAGACUAAAGUGGCUUCGUGCCUGCUGCCAGCCUGUCUCCACCGCACCACCGGGCGUCUGGGGCAGCCCCGAGGAGAGAUCUGAAACUCAAGCCCAGCCAUCUUGACUCUGGGCAAAGCUCAUAGCCCAACACGGAGAGGGGAGGAUCUAGUUUCUCCUGGCUCCAGCCAUCUGUCUGUAAAAAAGGUUGUUAGGAGAAAGGAGGAAAAAAAAGACCCUGCUAUACCAGGAAAAGGCACUUAAAGAGUGCCUGUCAGUAACAGCACCCCACUGCAGUAGUUUUUUUUUUUCAUUUUUAUGUAUAUUUUAGGCAUGUGGGUAUAACACCAGCUCGAUUGCACUUACUGUACAGAUUAUGUGGGAGGAUUGGGGAAUUUAGAUGGAGCAGAAGCACUCUACACAUUUCAUAGCAAUUAUUCGACACAACUUGUUGUACAUAUUUUGUCUUAAAAGUCCACCCAUGUGCACAGUGUAUGCCACAUCUUUUCUAAAAAAUGUCCUGCAUCAUAAACAGUUGUAUACUAACGGUGUUACUCGGUGUUGUAAAUUCACUGCCCUCUGAUUUCCUCUAUCUUUGAACACAGACGCAGCCGUCUCUCAGCCAAAACCAGAAACAAACACUUUAGUAGCUAAUUUGAGUCGGUUUGUUUGUAACGUAGGUUAAAAGUUACUAAUAAAGUGCCACACUGUCCUCUGCAGUGAAAACUUAA